AUGGCGGUCAAAGCUGCAGUGCCAUUCCUGGUGGCCAUGAUGCUGCUGACAGGUGUGUGUAAUACACUGUUAACCAAGUACCAAGACAUGCAAUGCGUCGACAACUGCGACUCUCCCUCGCCGAAAUACCGCCAGCACUUCGAACAGCCCGUCCUUCAGACCCUACAGAUGUUUGUGGGUGAAAUGGGCUGCUGGCUCGUCAUCGGCCUAUUCACCCUCUACCAGCGGUACGCGAGCGCGAAGGCAGGCUACGAGGCCAUCCCGGACAACGAUGGCGCUGCUACACCAGGUUCAGAUGAUAGCGAGACCGGCGCUGUUGCCAACCCGCUGAAGCCUGCGCAUCCCGAUGAUGAGGGCAGGAUACCACUCGAGGGACGAAGCAUCUUCUUGUUGGCGCUCCCAGCAUGCUGCGACAUUGCCGGAACAACGCUCAUGAACGUUGGUCUGCUGUUCGUCGCAGCCAGUAUCUACCAGAUGACUAGAGGUGCUCUGGUGCUUUUCGUCGGUCUGUUCAGCGUCUGGUUCCUCAAGCGUCAUCUGGGACUGUACAAGUGGUUUUCGCUCUUUGUUGUCGUUACUGGUGUAGCGGUUGUUGGACUCGCAGGCGCCAUCACCAAAGACGACAAAGCAUCGCCCGGGCACCAAUCCAUUCACGAUGAUACCACUGGCUCCGUUGGUGCGCAAGCUGCUACUACUCAAGCUGCCAUGACCAUCAUCGGUGUACUGCUCAUUGCUGGUGCGCAGAUCUUCACCGCGACGCAGUUCGUGCUCGAAGAGAGGAUUAUGGAAAAGUACGCCAUGGAGCCGAUCAAGGUUGUCGGCUGGGAAGGUGUGUUCGGCUUUUUGGUUACGCUCAUUGGCAUGAUCAUCCUACACUUCGCAAUUGGAACUGGAUACUUCAACGCGAGAGAGGGAUUGUACCAGAUGACGCACUACCGCGCUAUCGCAGUAUCGUCGGUGUUGAUUAUGAUCAGCAUUGGUGGCUUCAACUUCUUCGGUCUAUCCGUCACUCGCACCGUCUCUGCCACUUCGCGCUCGACCAUCGAUACUUGCCGCACCCUUUUCAUCUGGAUUGUGUCGCUUGGCCUUGGCUGGGAAACUUUCAAGUGGCUCCAGGUUGCAGGUUUCGCUUUGUUGGUAUACGGCACGUUCUUGUUCAACGACCUCAUUCGCCCACCGCUAAAGGCGUGUGUUGAGAGGAAGGCUGAGCCUCUGCUACCUGAGGGUCCGAUCGAGCAUCUCUAG